ACGUGUUCUACACGGACUCGCCGCGAGGAGGCUGUGAAUGUGCAACAGCAAAACACUUCCGCGCUUCUCCACAUGUCCACCGCUCCCAGUGGCUGUCACUGCACAUCAACAAAACCGAAAUCUCAAAUAUCUAGUGCUUUUGUUUCACUACAUCCCUUCAGAGCCGAACUAUGACUAAAGAAAAUGUUCAAGGAGCCGGUGAGGAGGAGCAGCAGGCCCAGUCGAAGAAAGCCCUGAAGAAACAGCAGAAGGAAGCAGAGAAAGCGGCGAAGAAGGCAGAGAAGCAGGCCAAGCUGGCCGCAGAGCAGCAGGAAGCUGAGGAGGAUGAUUUUGCCAAGGAUCGCUAUGGGGUCUGUCCUAUGGUCCAAUCCCAGCAGAAACUGGACAGGGCGUUGGUACGUGUCCAGGACCUGACACCCGAGAAGGCAGAGCAGCAGAUCUGGGUGCGUGCCAGAAUUCACACCAGCAGAGCUAAAGGGAAACAGUGCUUCUUGGUCCUGCGUCACCAGCAGUUUACCGUGCAGGCCCUGCUCGCCGUGGGAGAUCGUGCAAGCAAGCAGAUGGUCAAGUUUGCAGCUAACCUCACGAAGGAGAGCAUCAUUGACGUGGAGGCCGUGGUGAAGAAGGUGGAGCAGAAGAUCGAGAGCUGUUCCCAGCAGGAUGUGGAGCUCCACGUGGAGAGGAUCUUUGUGAUCAGCCAGUCUGAGGCCAGACUUCCCCUUCAGCUUGAAGAUGCUGUCAGACCAGAGGGAGAAGGAGACGAGGAGGGAAGAGCCACGGUCAAUCAGGACACUAGACUGGACAACAGAGUUAUCGAUCUGAGGACCACGACCAGCCAGGCCAUCUUCAGACUGCAGUCGGGCGUGUGUCAGCUCUUCAGAGACACGCUUAUCAACAAGGGCUUUGUGGAGAUCCAGACCCCCAAAAUCAUCUCUGCUGCCAGCGAGGGGGGAGCAAAUGUCUUCACCGUCUCCUACUUUAAAACCAGCGCAUACCUGGCCCAGUCCCCUCAGCUCUACAAGCAGAUGUGCAUUUGUGCUGACUUUGACAAAGUCUUCUGUGUCGGACCAGUGUUCAGGGCUGAGGACUCCAACACUCAUCGCCAUCUGACUGAGUUUGUGGGGCUGGAUAUUGAAAUGGCUUUUAAUUACCAUUACCAUGAGGUCAUUGACUCCAUUACUGACACCAUGGUUCAGAUCUUUAAGGGACUGCGUGACCGGUUCCAGACAGAGAUCCAGACGGUGAAUAAGCAGUACCCCAGUGAGCCGUUCAAGUUCCUGGAGCCCACGCUGAGACUGGAGUAUAAGGAGGCAGUGGCAAUGCUCAGAGCUGCUGGGGUGGAAAUGGGGGAUGAAGAAGAUUUGAGCACACCUAAUGAAAAGCUGCUUGGUCGUAUUGUGAAAGAGAAGUAUGACACUGACUUCUAUGUGCUGGACAAAUACCCCUUGGCGGUAAGGCCGUUCUACACCAUGCCUGACCCCAGCAACCCGAAAUACUCCAACUCAUAUGACAUGUUCAUGAGAGGAGAGGAGAUCCUGUCUGGAGCUCAGAGAGUUCACGAUGCCCAGCUGCUCACUGAAAGAGCAAUGCACCACGCCAUCGACUUGGAGAAGAUCAAGGCCUACAUUGACUCGUUCCGUUAUGGAGCUCCUCCUCAUGCUGGCGGUGGCAUAGGUCUGGAGAGAGUGACCAUGCUUUAUCUCGGCCUACAUAACGUACGUCAGACCUCCAUGUUCCCUCGUGACCCCAAACGCCUGACCCCAUAAAGAUCACAGCAGCCAACCUCUCGGACACCCGGCCAUCAGGGAUCUGGACGUGCCAUGAUCAUUAACCCACACAAAUACAGCCACUUUUAUAAUACUUAUUACCAGACACAACAGGAUGUUAGAUAAAACUAAUGUACUUUGAAGGGAAUCUAUGUUAACUGCUAUAUAAUACCAGUGAUGUUGACAUGUAUUAUUAAAAUCAUUCUGUACAUGUAGGUGUUUUUCUACUGAUCAUGUUCCUUGACACCAAGUUUUUUGAGAAUUCUAAUAAAUAAUUUAAACAGUACAUGCACAAUAAAUUAACUAAAUGGUA